AUGGAUACUAUUCGCUGCGUAGUGAAGCCAAAAGAUGUUGAGUUUACCUUUGCGAUCCGACCAAAGACAGAAAAGGGGGCAAAUGAAGAGCAAGGCACUAUCAAGCUUGAUAGUUACCAGGAGAACCCUGCAUAUUCAAUCUUGUUGAAGCACCACGGGGUAUUCCAACAGAAAUUGCCUUCAUCAUUGCCAUCCAGAGAUCAUGGUGAGCAUCAGAUGGAGAUUGACACAUCUGAGGCAAUUUUUCGUCGACAGUGGAGACAGUCACCAGCACAAGAGCAGGUUAUUAGGGCUUUGAUAGAGGAGAUGCUUGCGGCAGGUCUGAUCCGACCCUCGCCUUCUCAGCAUGGCGCUCCUACAUUCUGCGUGAAAAAAGCAGUAGGGUGGCGAAUAGUGCACGACUAUCGAGCCAUGAAUUCACAUACAGUUCGUCGCACAUUACCAAUGCCACACAAGGACACAAUAAUAGAGAAAAUGCAAGGUUCUCAUUGGUAUUCCUGCAUGGACUUGUUAAGUGGAUACUACCAAUUCUGCAUGAGGGAUAGUGACGUACCAUUGACAGCGUUUCAAACUGCUGACGGAGCAUACGAAUAUCUCGUAUUACCGAUGGGUUUAUCCAAUGCGCCAGCGACGUUCAACACACGAAUUCAACGAACAAUAUCCAUCUAA